UAGUCGAAAUCAGAAUCGCUUCGAGACAAGAGAGAAGAAGAAUCUUGACGAUUUUCAUCACUUUUUCGUUGUCUUUUUCGUUCAAGAUACGAUAGAGAUGUACUAUAARACUACCUUAUCGCGUCCAAAAGCGAAAAACAAGAAAAUGAAGACUUCUAAAUGGUUAUUUGUGGAUCAUUCRAAGAGGUCCAACAUGGCUGUUCGACCACGUCAAGUGGCCAUGGUCGRCGGCAAUGAUCUCUUGCACAGUGGUUCUUGCCUCUACGAAUCCAAGCGCUGUCUUUGACAAUGGGGUUCUUGGCCUUGCCUCUCCCAGUCCCCUACAGAAACUUCACGACCUUCAAACACCUCAAGUCAAAGAAGAAAGAGAAGAAGAAAAAUGGGAAGUUUAUCCUUGGAAACAGAAGACUUAUGGAGACUUCUUUGACCAAGUUGCUGAACUUGAAAACCUCACACCUGUCACAGAUGAAGACACCUUUAGUGACCUUCACCCUGACCAAGGAACACAUCAAGCUUUGUUUGAAGGCRCUCAAGAYAGUCUACCACCUUCUCCUUGGUCAAGCUCUACAAGUGGAGAGGAUAAGGAGUUUUCUGAUGACUCAGUAAGUUCUGAAAGGGAUAAAGAAAGUGGGAGUAAACCAAAGAAGAAUAACUGUGAAAAGAUCUUAGACAAAAGAGUCAGGAAUAACCAAGCUUCCAAGAAGUUUCGCCAGUUGAGAAAAGGAAGACAUAAAGCUCUUUUUAACCUCCUCGAAAGCCUGGAGAAUGAGAAUUAUAAGCUUAAUGUUCAGGUGGAGCAAAUGAUUCAAGAGAUACAGCAUUUGAAGGCUAUUUUGCCCAAGCAAGAUCUGUCUUGCACAUCCUUGCUCGAAUAAUAUGUAUCGAGURAUUGUUUUAAGUUGGGUUUAUUAAUAUAAAUGUUUCAUUUUACAUUUUGAAUUUAUAGCAGAAAAAARUGACUUUCAGGUUAAUCGGUUUUGUUAGUCGAGAGCUUGUUCUACAGCUAAACAGAGAUUCAGUGAUGUUAUAAUGAAACAAAAGCAUGACAGUUUGGUAGAUACAUAGAUUAGAAUGAUUUCUCAAUAAUAAUGCAGUAUUGAACUCAUCAUAACUUAAUAAUUAUUUACCAUAAAGAGACAAAUUUUGAUAGCAAAAGCUACCAUAGUAAAAUAUUAAUUGUUUAACUCAAUCAGUGUCUAUAGCAUUCUUGGGUUGCAUGCUAAAUCAUAGUACUUUGUUGGAUGAAAAUAUAGAAUUCUUGUUUUCUUUUGUUCAUUCAACAAACAAGCUUUAUUCUUUUUCUCAGGGAUUUAUUUUGUCAUGUGGUUGCAAUACAAGAACUGGCACAAAUAUCUGCAACUAAAUUUGACAUUUUUGUCAAUAUUUGAAUAGUAUGACAUAAUAUUAUUAAACAUCAUUGUUUCAUUGACAAACACUUACUCAGUAGAUUUUGAUCAGUUUCUAGAGUGCAAACAGCUUAUCUGUGAAGCAUCACAAAACACUGAAUUAUGGAUGGUUAGAAAGCCACCAAAUAUUCACUGUCUCAAUAUUACUGCUAAAAUACUGUUAAAAUACUUUAAGAUAAUCAUAUCAGUUAGUUCACCUAGACCACUUAUCAUUACAAUAAUUAGCACUAAGAAAGCAAGUUGUAUAUUCGCCAUUMAUGAUUUUCAAGUCGACUAUCAGUAAUAUCAAACAAUAACAAUAUCAAGUAUAAUGAUAAAUAUAGCAUAAUAAUAAUUAUUAUGUUCACAGCCAAUGAAUUUUGAGCAUUUUUUUUUUCUGCUUACAAGCAAGAAUCAAAAUUAGUCAUAGUUUGUUUCUACUUGAAGAAUAUGAAUUGAUAUCUUCAUUGUAGAGUACCCAAUCAGAGAGUGAUAUGACUCAUAUCCAUUGGUUAUAAAAAUGAUAUUAUACUGAUAUGUUAAAAAAUAUGUAGCAUAUAUCACAGCAGCAUGUAUGUUGAAGUAUUAAAAAGAUUUACACUACUGUUUUAAGUAGUUAUUA